CAAUGUGUGAUGACAAUUGGGUUGGCUACAAAGAUACAUGUUAUUUAUUUGUUGGACAACCCCAGUCAUUUCAGGAAGCAAGAGUCCAAUGUGCAGCCCUCAAUUCUACACUAGUGUCUGUUCUUCAAGAAGCGGAAUCGAAUUUUAUAAACGAAUAUCUAAAAGUUUACGAGAGUGAUAGAAAAGACGAGCCCUGGUUUAUUGGCCUUAACAGAAUCAUUGAGGACGGACCCUUUACUUGGACGGAUGGAAAUCUUUUACAAUAUACAUUCUUUGAUCCAAGUGAACCGUCAUCUAAAAAUUCUGCGUAUGACUGUAUGGUUCUGAAAGAAGAAAAGAGCGAGGAUGGCCUACACUGGUUCUCUCAUGAUUGUACUCUUAAUGCGAGUGUGAUAUGCAAGAAAUCAGUCAAUUACCGAUGUAUGGAAUCAAACAUGACGGAAGUUGGUGCUUUAACGUCAACCGAAGAAGAUAUGACACUGACCUUUUGUACUCAGAUAUGCAAAGGUCAAUUUAAGGAAUAUGCUCUUGUUCAAAAUAUAACUUGUUGGUGCAGAGACAAUCUACCUUCUGAUUGGAGAAACGCAUCACAUGAUCAAUGCAAUACAGUAUGUCCUGGUAACGUAGGACAAACGUGUGGAGGACACACUUCUGUAACAGCUAUUAAUGUCGCAGGUUACAAAGGGGCUCAGUCUUGUAAUGAAUUAGAAUUGCUAGGUAUAGGUGGGUCAGAAUUUUACACAACGGGUACAUCGAGUGUUCAGAAUUGUUCAGUAUCGGCUUGUCCUAGAUCAUGGAUAAAAGGCAAUACUAGUUCUGCUUGUUAUAGAUUUGUUCCCGGUCGAUUACACUUUGAAGAAGCUGUAGUGCACUGUAGCAAGUACAAUGCAUAUGUCGCCUGUUUGGAAGAAAGUGCCGAAAGAACAUUUAUUUCAUCUAUUGUCUCUAAUACAGAACAGUUCUCGAACGUGGAACAUUGGGCGACAGGGUUGUAUUCAUUUCAACCCACCAAGCGUUAUAGAUGGUUUAAUGGUCAACAGAGCAUAGAUAAUUCGACAGUCCAAUCUAUACCAUCAUUUUUGCAUCUACACGUCAGGUUAACCAAAGCAGGAACUUAUGAUGGCCAUUCCAAACGAAACGAAGAAGUAUCUUUCAUCUGUGAACAAAAUACAGAUUAUAUUGGUUGCCACCAGACUAACAUAUCAGAGGUGAUCAACCAAUUGACAGUGUAUGAGCACAGUGAUGUUAUAUUAUGUUUGGAGUUCUGCAGACAAAAGGGAAGUUCGUAUGUAAUGAUCGGGAAGUCGUAUCAGUGUGCAUGCAGCAACACCAUAGAAUCUAAGGUAGAGGGACAUAACUGUAAUAAUAUCUGUCCAGUAGGCCAGCCUUGUGGUGGAGAAGGAGAUUUUGUUUCUGUAUAUAACAUCUCUAUGUAUCCUGCAUAUAGUUCAUGUGAAGAAUUAUUUCGAGCGGGCAUUACCUUGUCUGGACAAUAUAAACUCAGUAGUGGAAAUCAGGAUUGUUUAUUUCAAGAUAGUCAAACAAUUUGUAAAGAAAAAUGGAUAGGAAUAAACGGGAGAUGUUUCAUUGGCGAAAUUGUUGACCACAAAGAAGAACUCUACACAUUGACAGAAACAUGUAGAAAUAUUGGUGGACAAUUGGCAACAAUUUAUGACCAAGAGUACCACACAAUCUUGUUUGAUUAUGUAGCCAAUUCACCUUGGCUCGGACUCCAAGCAAUUACCAGAAUUGGAUUGCUGAAUAUCUUUUCUUUGUAUACUAGCACUUGGGCAUCUGGUGAAGUAACUGACUAUUUUCCAUAUUUGGAAAACGAAAAUAGUCAAUAUUUUUAUAUGUCACUAGAAAAGUACGACCACCAUAACCAAAUUUUACCUGGGACAGACUCAACCUCGACAUCAAGUAAUUUGCUGUGUGAGGAGAUAAAAGGUACGCACAAAUUUAAUGUCUGCCAUUUGAUUGAGAUAGAAUAUAAAGGGAAAUAA